AUGAAGAAGUUGGUCAACCGAUUCAAGAAGAGGGAGCCACGGAAACCUGAUACCGAGCGCGGCGCUGAUGGAAAGAUACUCCAAGACCCUGCUCUACGAGAGCCUCACGAAUGUGGUGCCCCCAACAAAGCAGUCGAAGCCGCCGAGCCUGGUGCUAUUGGGACUUACUCAGGCUUUGAUGACUGGCUCUCGAGCUUCACCCCUACAGCUCCAACAGCCGCAGAACUCCCUGACGAAAAGGUGCAUGAUACUUCUAAAUAUCAACCUGCCCGGCAGCCUGAGGUGACGAUAGAGUAUACCUCUCAAGUUCACCUAGAUGACUUGAUCACGAUUAUCUUAGAUGGAGUCCGCAAGCCCAAUUAUCCUGGAGAAUUCGUCGCAAGGCUGUUGAUCCCGAUUUACUUCACACUCCAGCAGCUCAAUGACCUGCUGCUGGACAACGGAUUCGCCCCAGUUCUCGCAGCACAGCGCCAAGGUUGCGAUGGCUUCAGCGGCCAGGGGCUUCAUGGACAUUGGACUGCGAUGGUAGUCAACGGACCGUCUUGUUACUCCAGGAAAUAUGGGCUUCGCAUCAAUGCGGCUGAGGCAUUCUCUACCUACCUGACUGGCUUAGAGAAAGUACGCGUGGAAUGUAGGGACUCGUGUCUUCUGAUCAACGACGCCGAGAUGGUGAUCUCCUUUCAGCGAACGCUUCGUCUGCCGGAUGACGAUCAGGUGUACGACCUACCGGAAGGAUUCGGCAAACUACCUCUCUUCAACAUCUCGAGCUUCUCAAAGAAGCUGAACGACGCGAAAGACCCCAACGUGAAGACUAUCUCCAAAAAGGGCGGCGUUUUCCUACCUCUGUAUCAGCGAGAGGCUACUUGGAUCAAGUUUGACACACGCAGUUCACCGAAACCUUUCGCCGUACGUGUCUUUGUGGGCGGCAUUAACGCAAUCUCGGGUCGUUCCUGGGAUGCACCUAGAGGUAAAGGCGACCAAGACUAUAUCACCGUGCCGCCCCAGGAAUGUCUCGAUGGAAUUGCCAUAGAUCACCAAACGGUUCGACAAUUCGUCGCCAUGCCACUCGGCAGCGGCUACUCGAUCGAACAACAAAUGACUGGUAAAGAGGACAUGGGGGGCUUUCAAAUGGAAAUUACUCCAUCCGGUUCACAGCUUCGACUCUCGCGAGUUGAAUGGUCUUCAACUGAGCUGAAGGCUGCGUCAUCUCCUGCAAGCGAGGCAAUGAUGCCAGGCGAUCUGGUGAGGGUCUCUGAGCCCUCAACUAGCCAUCACAUGAUGCGGUCCUCAGAAGAUACAGGCCGCUAUUCCCCCUUUUUGAGAAUUUACUACUUUCAAGGUCUGGCCGCCUCGGGAGAUGGACACAACCAGUGGCGAUCCGGCUGCCAGCUUCAGAUGACAGCUCUCUAUGCCCUGAAUUUAUGCAUCAGAUUCUAUGAUCUGGACCGACUACCAUCCAGGCACUUCAUAACACAGGUGCACAUCGAAGCCAAACCGUGGGAAACUCUGUUGUCUGUUCUUUGCCAGAUCGAUAAUCACGGACUAGAAGACUAUCACAGAGAUUCCUACUUAUACCAAAACCGCCUCGUCGACGACGUGCAAGUCAACAAACUUGGGAUCAAGGACGGCGAGGUGCUUGACAUCUUCCGCCGCGCGAAAGACGUGCAACUUUCAAAGUCAUGGUCCUUUGCUCAGGCGCCGACGAAGAGUUUGUCAAGAGAAGGCAAAGGGACGCCCACGCCCCACCCGGGCGUUACGUUAGGCACAGGAAGGUCCGGCUGGGACAUGGUCAUUGCGCCAGGAGCUCGCUUGCGCCAAAAGAUCUACAGAGAUCCAUGGCCACCAGGUAUCUGGAGACGAGAACAGAGCGUCCUCGUGCCGAUUCAGAUACUCAAUUCCGUCGCCUUCGAGAGCUUGACGGGUAUGCUUCCGCCACCCACACCAAUCACUGCUGAAGCGUACGUCAAAGCAGGCAUUCCGUUCUACACCACUGGCGACGAUGAUGUGGAAGCGGUGGUCGUGGAUGCCAAGGGGAUGUUCGAAACGAUCAAGUCUGUCGGGCAGCUGGACGCCGAAGGUGAACAAAUCAACCCUGGGGCAACCUUCUCAGGCAAAUCUCACAAAAUCGCCUGUAUGGCCUGCAAGAUCAAUCUGUGUGAUUGCGUGUAA